AUGUACCGACGAGUCUCCAUACUCGGUCAUGUGAUCACAUCUUCGAGAAAGGCGAGCCUCUGCCCGUCGAGCGUGCAAGGGUUCUCCGGCGACCUUGACCAUGUCAACUUCCGGACGAGAUGCGAGCCAGGGGAGGCAUCGCAGGACAUCCAAUAUUCCCUUGAUGCAGGUAUACUCCAGCUUCAAGGACAGAAGCGACCGGCAUCCGAGCGAAGUGUGAAGGAGCUCCUGGACAAGGCGCAGUGUAGUUAUGGAUACGGAUGGGGCCCUUCUGGCGCGUUCUCCGAUUUGGCCCUCGUUGAGGGUUAUAGUCCGAAGACUGGGGGUACUGAUGUAGCACAUGAUGAGGAUACCACACUCUUCGAGAUCGAGCUGCUCCAGGACAGGAAAUACUACACGCUGCUCCUCAGCGAGGGGGCGUAUCGAAGGAAUCCAAUGGGCGUCCUCGGCCGUCGCCCAGCGGUGACUUUGCUCGCAGAUGGAAGCCCAGACAGCGUGCCCUUCAUCGUGAGAGAAGUACGGAAGAGCGAGCGGAAGAUUGUGAACGAUGUCGCGCCAGGCGCGGCAAACUGCGGCGAUGGGCUGACGCCAGAAGUCUACAUGUACCCCGUCCCAUAUGUAGGGAAGGGCGAGGUAGAGAAUCUGUUGCCAGAGUUCGAUUGGGAGGCGACGCCAGGGGGCAACAUUUGUGUCUCUGGCAUUUCUAUGGGGGCCGGAAACAAGGGGGAAGUCAAGGAAACUCACGGGGUGAAGCGCAAGCGGACUAGGCCGCAGAAGCAGGAGAUACCGCUUGAAGUGAAGGUCGCGCACAAGAUUCACCACGACGCGAAGGAAAUCGUGAAAGCGGCGAAGAAAGCGAAGACUUUCGAGACGCAAAAGCUCAUCAAGAAGUUGAAGGGGUUGCGGCAAGGGACUGCCUUCCCCCGCCCCACCCCAUCGUCUCAUCCUUCCCAGGCGACCGACUAUCAUGCUGUUGGUACGACAGUGCUCCAAUCCAAGAUCAAGAAGGACAAGGUGCUCGCUCAGCACGACGCCGUGACGUCUGCGCUGCAGCAAGAGCUCGCCGACCACCUUCUCACCCCUGCACCGGCUGGAACGCCAGCGGCCAAGGUUCACGCUCGGCUAACUAGCCACAAGGCACUCGCUGCAGAGGCAGUGUCCGCCGUGCAGGCACUGCAUACUCUGGUACAACCGCCGGCUAGCGAGAACGCCGACGAUGAAGCAAGCGAUGAGGAGGAAGAGGAUGCAGCUCAACGACCAGCGGCGGCAAGCAGGCCAAAGAAGGAGAAGAAAGUGGCCGCACCUGCCGCUGACAGCGACGACGAAGAGGCUGCCGCCGACGGUUGGGAGUCCGGUACCGUCGACGAAGACGGCGAUGGCUGGGAAUCCGGCACAGUGGAUGGCGGGGACGACGCUCAAGACUCCGACGCCGACGAUUCAGAUUCGGACGCGGAACAGGCACCACCAGCGAAGAAGGCGAAAGCAUCGGCCACCCCAGCCGCCGCGUCGGGCAGCUCUACCUUCCUUCCCUCCCUCUCAGUCGGCUUCGUUCGCGGAUCAGACGACUCCGAUAUCGAGGAAAUCCAGGACAAACCAAAGAAGAACCGUCGCGGUCAGCGCGCAAGGCGUCUCAUCUGGGAACGCGAAUACGGCAAAAACGCCAACCACAAGAAGAAAGAGCGCGACCAGGCCUUCGAAAAGCGCCGCCAAUGGGAGGAGCGGCAGCAGAAGCGAGCCGCCGCCGCCGCGGCGCGAGAAGAGAGGGAGCGCGCCCAGGCGCAGGAAAAGUCGCGGCCAAUACACCCGUCGUGGGAGGCGAAGAAGAAGCUGAAGGAGAAGGAGGCGGCGGCGAUGGUGCCGAGCCAAGGGAAGAAGUUGGUGUUUACUUGA